GUGCUAUCAGCCGCUCAUUGCCUUUAUGAUCAGUGCCUUUUAACUCUCUGCCGAGGGAGCUGUGACAGGACACGAAUUCAACGUUUGUCCAGCCUCUACAACGAUCUUCGCUGGAUCAUCGAUAACACCGCGUCACGAUGUCGCGCACCAUGCUGAAGGAGUCGCCGAACGCGGCCUUAGACAAGACGUUGCUGAGCAGGUACCUGGAGCUGCCUCAGCCGGAGAACCAAAUUCAGGCGAAGUAUAUUUGGAUCGACGGCACCGGCGAAGGAUUGAGGAGCAAGACUAGGACGGUCGAUUUCGUACCGAAUCACCCGUCAGAGCUACCGAUCUGGACGUAUGACGGAAGUUCGACUUACCAAGCGGACGGCGCGAACAGCGACAUAUACCUUUGCCCGGUGGCAAUCUACAACGACCCCUUCCGUCCCGGCAAGAACAAGCUGGUGCUGUGCGACACCUAUCAUAGCGACAAGACACCGACCGCCUCGAACAAACGGUACAAGUGUAACGAGGCGAUGGAGGCGGUCAAGGAUCAGGAUCCUUGGUUCGGUAUCGAGCAGGAGUACACAUUCCUUGAUUUCGACGGCAGGCCGUUAGGCUGGCCAAAGAACGGCUACCCGGGCCCCCAGGGUCCUUAUUACUGCGGUGUGGGCGCCGACAAAGUGAUCGGUCGCGAGAUCGUUGAGGCCCAUUACAGGGCGUGCCUUUACGCGGGCGUGAAGAUCGCCGGCACGAACGCCGAGGUGAUGCCGUCCCAAUGGGAGUUCCAGGUCGGUCCGUGCAGCGGUAUAUCCGGCGGGGACGAUCUAUGGGUAGCCAGAUUCAUAUUGCACCGUGUCGCCGAAGAAUACGGCGUGAUUGUCACGCUGGACCCGAAACCGAUGGAGGGCUCGUGGAACGGGGCUGGGGCGCACACGAAUUUCUCGACGAAACCGAUGCGCGCGGAUAACGGGAUAGCGGAGAUCGAGAAGGCGAUCGACAAGCUUAGUAAGCAACACCUCAGGCACAUCCAGGCGUACGAUCCACGCGGGGGAAAGGACAACGAGCGUCGUUUGACCGGGAAAUGCGAGACGAGCAGUAUACACGAUUUUAGUGCCGGCGUGGCCAAUCGGAACGUGAGCAUCCGUAUUCCACGGGGAGUCGCCGAAGACAAGAAGGGAUACCUGGAGGACAGACGGCCGAGCAGCAAUUGCGACCCGUACGCGGUCUGCGACGCUCUGGUCCGUACCUGUGUUCUCAACGAGUAAAUCGAAAUGGGGAACUUCGUGUCUAGAUAAAAUAUAGGAGGUGACUAAUCGGCGUAGCGCAAUGGUGAUCGUAUAUACAGGGUGUCUCAGCUAAUUUCAUCACCUGGAAUAAUGACUUAACGGUAUACUUUAUGGAAAUUUGGAGGCGAGGAACUUAAAUGGCAUCAGGGGAAACAUCUUAUAGAGUACGUGCUUUUUCGCGGGUAGAGACAUUUCGGAGAUUUAUAGUAUCAAAUUCUGAGUACAAAUGUGUUGACAUUCAUACGUCCUAAGGUGACGAGAUAUUUGCAAAAUAAUCACUGUAUUGAAGUUGAAGGGCAUUAGUUCGAGCAUCUAUAGCUUCCACAGUCAGUACGUAUUAUAAAUUAUUUUGUAAAUACCUUGUUAACUAUUAGGUUUAGAACGUAUGAAGGUCAACACAUUUUUACUCGGAAUUUGAUACUCAAUCGAUCUAUGGGACAAAAAAUAAGUCAUUCUGUUAAAAAAAAUCAAGGUGACUUAAGAAAUCUCUGAAAUGCCUCCA